AUGGCUCUGACCAGCGACUCUGCCAGUGUCAGGGGCAAGUCUAACCGGAGCAUUGGCGAGGAGAAAAGCCCAGCAGCAGGAAUAGGAUCCGAUUGCAAUGGGUAUUGUUAUUCUGAUGGGAAACAGCAGCAGCCGGGCACUCAGCAGGGGCAAAAGGAAGACUCAACCUGCCAGCUCUGCUGGGGAGACCUGGUGCUGCAGAAAAUCUGGAGCUCCCGGAAACUUUCCUCGGCUCUCUGCGCCGGAUCCCUGUCCUUCUUGCUGGCUCUGGUGGUCAGGUUGGUCCGGGGGGAGAUCGGCUGCAAUCUGGAGGAGAAGGAGAUAGUGGCGGCGGAGGAGGAAGCAGCAGCCGCAACAGCUGGAGGAGGAGAAGCGGGUGGUUUGCCGUUUCCCCCAGCAGGGCUCCCCAGUAGCAGCAGCAGCUUCCAGCUGACUCCUUGGCUGCAUCCCAUCGCUUUGCUCUUCAGCCUCAUGUGUGUCUUCUUCUGGAUGGGCUUGUACUUGCUGCGCUCCGGGGUCCGCCUGCACACAGCCGCCUUACUCCUGGCCGCCUGCUGCGGGGGGGAAGCGAUUGUCCAGAUUGGGUUUGCGGUAGGGGAGGAUCACUUGCUUGCUUUCACCGCCACGGGGGUGGUGCUGAGCUGCCUGGCCACUGUGACAUGGCUGGUGCUGAAGCUGAGGCAGGGCGUCCUCAUGAUCGCCUUGACUAGUGCGGUCAGGACCACGUCCCUCGUCUCCUUAGAGAGGAUCAAGGUAGCCUGGAGACCCUACCUGGCUUACUUGUUCGGGCUACUGGGCAUCCUGCUGGCCAGGUACGCGGAUCAGCUCUUGCCCCAUUCCGGGGCGGCGCAGCAUAGAGAGGUCUCUGGUGCCCAGCUGGCCAAGGAAGAGGUCCCGGUGUUUAAGAGGAGGAGGAGGUCCAGCUCCAUGAUCUCUCCCGAGAUGUCCAGCUGCAGCAACAAGUCUCAUCGGAGGACCUCCCUGCCCUGCAUACCUAGGGAGCAGCUCAUGGGGCACUCUGAAUGGGACCACAAACGAGGGUCCAGAGGAUCACAGUCUUCAGGUACCAGUAUUACAGUUGAUAUCGCUGUUAUGGGAGAAGCUCAUGGGCUCAUUACCGACCUUCUGGCAGAUCCUUCGUUGCCACCUAAUGUGUGUACUUCCCUGAGAGCAGUGAGCAACCUGCUGAACACGCAGUUAACCUUCCAGAAUAUUCAUAAGCCAAGGGUUAACCCUUUGAUGUCCUUCAGUGAGAACUACACCUGCUCUGACUCAGAGGAAUGUCCGGAAAAAGGAGAAAAGCUGACUAUUCCCAAGCGCCUACGGAAGAGUCUGCCUCCAGGUCUACUCAGGCGAGUGUCAUCAACUUGGACCACAACAACAUCUGCCACAGGUUUACCUACCUUGGAGCCUGCACCAGUGAGAAGAGACCGCAGUGGCAGCAUCAAACCUCAUGAAUCUUCUUCAUCCAGCACUGACCCUUGGAACAGCUCAAUUCUGAUGGCCAUCACAAAAAGUAGGUCCUUCUCGGCCUCCUAUGCGAUGUCUGCUACAAACCAUCUGAAUUCCAAAAGGCAAAGCCGACAAGGUAUCCCGCCAAACAUUUCACCUCUCACUUCCCCAUGCCAUUCACCUAUUCAGGGAACCCCAGCCACCAGUCCCACUGGCAAAACCUCUUCUGUGCAAUUUCCAGACCCUACUGACACUGACACCAAGCAAACCUUGAAACCACACAAGGUUUUAACUUCUACUCAGAGCGCACCUGACCGUUCGGAGCAGAUUAUGGGGCCCCCUGUUAUCUGUAGCAGCUGUGGCAGACCGUAUAGCCAAAUAGGUUCUGGCACUGGUGCGCUGGACAGAGGUGAUGGAACAACACAUGCCCUGACCAGAACAGAUGAUCCAGCUCAAGCCACCUCUGACUAUGAAACCAACAACAGUGACAGCAGUGAUAUUGUACAAAAUGACGACGAGACAGAUUGCUCUAAAGAACAGAUGCGGAAGGGAUCUGUCUGCAGAACAUACGCGCCUGAGACUAUCAUGUUGCACCCUUUAAUACCACCCGAGGACAAACCUAUCCUUGCCCCAGAGCCUCUUGUCAUGGACAACUUGGACUCUCUUAUGGAUCAGCUAAACAAUUGGAACUUCCCAGUCUUUGAUUUGGUGGAAAAAAUAGGAAAGAAAUGCGGUCGGAUCCUCAGCCAGGUAUCAUACAGGCUUUUUGAAGACAUGGGGCUGUUUGAAGCCUUUAAAAUUCCUGAGAGGGAGUUCAUGAAUUACUUUCAUGCCUUGGAGUGUGGAUACCGAGAGAUACCUUAUCACAACAGAAUUCAUGCGACUGAUGUUCUACAUGCUGUUUGGUACCUUACUACUCAGCCUAUCCCAGGACUCUCAACUGUGAUUAACGACCAUGGGUCAGCAAGUGAUUCAGAUUCUGAUAGUGGAAUCACUCAUGGCCAUAUGGGAUAUGUGUUUUCGAAGAUGUACACACCUGCAGAUGAGAGUUACGGCUGCCUAGCUGGCAACAUCCCUGCCCUAGAAUUGAUGGCGCUUUACGUAGCUGCAGCCAUGCAUGAUUAUGAUCAUCCAGGAAGGACCAAUGCCUUUUUGGUUGCAACCAGCGCGCCUCAGGCUGUGCUGUAUAACGAUCGCUCUGUUUUGGAGAACCAUCACGCAGCUGCUGCGUGGAAUCUUUUCAUGUCCAGGCCGGAAUAUAACUUCUUAGUCAACCUUGAUCACAUGGAAUUCAAGCAUUUCCGCUUCCUUGUAAUUGAGGCCAUUUUGGCCACUGACCUGAAGAAACACUUCGAUUUUGUAGCCAGAUUCAAUGCCAAGGUGAAUGAUGAUGUUGGAAUUGACUGGACUAAUGAAAAUGACCGCUUGCUGGUUUGCCAAAUGUGCAUCAAACUGGCUGACAUCAAUGGGCCUGCCAAAUGCAAAGACUUGCAUCUGCAGUGGACAGAGGGCAUUGUUAAUGAAUUCUAUGAACAGGGUGAUGAAGAGGCGAGCCUUGGCCUUCCUAUAAGUCCUUUCAUGGAUCGCUCAGCUCCCCAGUUGGCACACCUUCAGGAAUCCUUCAUUUCUCACAUUGUGGGUCCACUAUGUAAUUCCUAUGACUCAGCGGGGCUGAUGCCAGGGAAAUGGGUGGAAGAUAGCGAUGAGUCAGGAGAUACUGAUGAGCAAGAAGAGGAAGAAACAGCAGAAAUGGAAAUGUGUGAAAAUUCCGAGUCAAGAAAGAAAAAGUUCAAGCGGAGGAAAAUCUACUGCCAGAUCACUCAGCACCUGCUUCAGAACCAUAAAAUGUGGAAGAAAGUAAUUGAAGAUGAGGAAAGGAUAGCUGGGACAGAAAAGCAAGGUCUAGAGCAAUCCACGCUGCACCAAUCCUCGGAACAAAUUCAGGCCAUCAGGGAAGAGGAGGAGGAGAAAGGGAAACCCAAAGGGGAGGAGGAGGAGGAGGACACAGCUAUAGAACUGAACCAAUGA